AUGGCUGACAGCGAGUACAAUCGCGAAGAAGAUACGUUUGAGGAGGAGGAAGAGGUUGAUGAGAGUGGAUACAAAAGCGUCAAAGAUGCCGUCCUCUUUGCAAUCGAAAUUAGCGAAUCUAUGUUGACGGUAGAUCCGAACUCCGGCUCCAAGCGGACGCGACCGGAAUCUCCAGCUACUGCUGCGCUCAAAUGUGCAUAUCAUUUGAUGCAGCAGCGGAUCAUAUCAAACCCCAAAGACAUGAUUGGCGUUUUGCUUUAUGGGACGGAAUCCUCAAAGUUCUAUGCCGAUGACGAAGACGGAAGGGGGAGCCUGCCCUACCCCCAUUGCUACCUAUUCACAGACCUUGAUGUGCCACUCGCGUCAGACGUGAAAGAACUCCGGGCGUUGGUAGAAAAUGAAGACAGGGCUGCUGAAAUCCUGGUUCCCUCCAAGGAGCCCGUUUCGAUGGCCAACGUCUUGUUCUGUGCCAACCAGAUAUUCACGACAAAGGCCCCUAACUUCUCGUCUCGACGACUGUUUAUUGUGACCAACAAUGAUAAUCCACACGCCAAGGAUAGGGCGAUGAGAUCUGCGGCUACUGUUCGCGCGAAGGACUUGUAUGACUUGGGUGUCGUAAUUGAAUUGUUUCCCCUGUCCACCCCCGAAGGAGAUUUUGAUACGUCCAAGUUCUACGAUGAUAUAAUAUAUCGAGCUUCUCCAACGGAUCCAGAGGCUCCAGAUUACUCUCACACGUCCAAACCCACUUCCAGCGGUGGCGACGGCAUAUCGAUAUUGAAUAGCCUGCUAUCUUCGAUCAAUUCAAAAUCUACACCUCGUCGUGCUUUAUUCUCCAGUAUACCAUUAGAAAUCGGUCCCGAUUUCAAGAUAUCCGUCACCGGAUACAUUAUUUUCAAACGACAAGAACCAGCGAGAAGCUGCUAUGUGUGGUUAGGAGGUGAAGAGCCGCAGCUUGCAAAGGGUAUAACUACGCAGAUGGCGGAUGACUCUGCACGGGAAGUCGAAAAAUGGGAGAUCAGGAAAGCUUACAAAUUUGGGGGCGAGCAGAUCACAUUCACCCAAGAAGAGCAGAGUGCGUUGAGAAACUUUGGUGAUCCAGUCAUCCGUAUAAUCGGGUUCAGAUCCAUGUCAUUACUUCCGAUUUGGGCGUCGAUUAAGCAACCAACGUUUAUAUACCCUUCUGAAGGAGUGUUUGUAGGAUCUACUCGUGUCUUCUCAGCGUUGCAGCAGACACUCCUCAAACAAGGGAAGUAUGCUCUUGUAUGGUUUGUUGCCCGAAAGAACGCCGCUCCGGUCAUGGCUGCGAUGAUCCCAGGGGAAGAGGAACUCGACGAACAGGGCGCCCAAGUUAUCCCACCAGGAAUGUGGAUUCUACCGUUACCUUUUGCGGACGAUAUCCGCAGAAACCCCGAAACGGAACAUAUAGUGGCCCCUGAACCUUUGGUGGACAAAAUGAGAGAUGUCAUUCAGAAGUUACAACUCCCCAAGAGCAGAUAUGACCCGCAAAAGUACCCUAAUCCUUCUUUGCAAUGGCACUAUCGCAUUCUUCAAGCGCUGGCGCUUGACGAGGACUUACCGGAGCAACCCGAAGAUAAAACGAUUCCCAAAUAUAAGCAAAUUGACAAGCGUGCUGGCGAAUUCGUUGUUGCCUGGGGCGAAGAACUGGAAGACCAGUAUCGGCAGCUCGAUCGCCCAAAGCCAGUUACGACUUUGGCUAAGAGGCCCGCACCCAGCAAAGCGGCUGAAGGCGAUGGACGAGCAACUAAAAAGGUAAAGGCUGAAGGCACCAGCGACGAGGAGGUGAAGAUGCAUUAUAUAAAAGGCACCUUGAACAAGGUUUGA